CUAUUCAAACAACCCCCCAUUUUUUCACCCACCCACCCACUCACUCACGUAACGAGAAACGCAAUGAACGACGAUUCGAAAAAUCCCCCAAGAAGCUGUACAUCCUGCCGAGCGCGCAAGAUCCGCUGCGACAAGGUGAAGCCUUCCUGCCACGCCUGCCUCAGAAACCGCCUAUCCUGCGAGUACCCAACCGCAACACGACGCGCGGCACCGCGGCCGAGGCGGGAUGCCGUGCUCAUGCAGCGGCUCGUCAAGCUUGAGGCCAUCAUCGGGGAGUUGUCUGGUGUUGGCGGUGGUUCUGCUGUGGGGGAGUUGGGCGGCGCUAGGAGUGAGAGUGACACUCGUGGUAGGAGUUUGGAGGCGUGGGGGAGUCAAGGCGGGAGUGGGGAUAUGACGAGGGAAUCGGGAGAGGUGGAGGCCGAGUUGGGGAAGUUGUUUGUCUCGGAGGGCAAGUCGAGGUAUAUCGGCCCCAAAUUUUGGGCAAGCUUGAUUGAGGAGGUGGCCGACCUCAAAUCCCUCCUUGACGAGUCGCCUCCAGCAACUGUCGCCUCCCCAACAUCACCGGAUGCAACCUCCAGCGUGCCCUCGUCCCCCCUCUUCGGGUCCGCCACCGAAAACCUGUCAAUGUUCCACCCUACUCCCACCGAAUCUGUCCAGCUGUACAAAAGAUAUCUCGUCGCUGUCGACCCGGUAGCACGGCUUUUACAUAAGCCAACCUUUGAGCCAAAGUUGGCGAGACUACAAGAAAAUGGCCCUGAAUCAGAGGAUCUGCAUGCGGAUAGAGGAUUUGAAGCUCUCGUUUUUUCAAUCUAUUAUGCCGCGGUUAACAGCCUUCGCCCGGAUAAGGUGCUGCAAAUGUUUGGCGUAGACAAACCGAGUUUACUGAACAGAUAUCGUGUAGCUGUAGAGCAUGCACUGGCUAACGCUGGAUUUCUACAAAGUGAAGAAUUGACGACACUACAAGCCCUUGUCCUAUUCAUCACCUGCUCCCGAGCUGUAGAUGACACUCGAACUCCAUGGGUGCUUGUUGGCGUAGCAAUUCGGAUAGCACAAAGCAUGGGCCUUCAUAGAGACGGCUCAAUUUUCCGCAUAAACCCCUUAGAAACCGAAAUCAGGCGGAGACUUUGGUACGAAAUAUGUUUGCUCGACUUGCGAACAGCAGAAGCCCAUGGCUCCGACCCGGGUAUAUCCACCCAGAGCUAUGACACCCGGUUACCGCUCAACAUAGAAGAUGCCGACAUUCUCCCUAAUUCCGCUUAUCCAAUAACCCCGAGAAAGGGCUUCACCGAAAUGACCUUCUGCCUAGUGCUCUACGAAGUCCUAGAUUGCUUCAGGGUAGUGGUUAGAUCUACGCCUGGAGCAGUUAAAGUAAAAGGAGUCGAACAACCCACAUUAGAAGAGAAGGAAAAGAUGUUGGAUGAAUUAGCUUUGAGAUUAGCAGCAAAGUAUCAAGUAGAGCUGGACCUCACUAUUCCCAUCCAGAAGAUAACAGAUAUGGUUAUCCGGCUGAUCGUGGGGAAAGCCUUGCUGUCUUUGUACCAUCCAUUAAGACACUUUAAAGAUGGCUCGCUGUUAAGCCAGGGGAAAAAGGACAAACUGUUCCGGACAGCGGUGGAAGCUUUAGAGUGCUCCACAUCCCUUGUACGAGAUCCUGACGUUGUACGGUACGAGCAAUGGAAUUGGCUCUCCCAAAAAUACAACCAUGCACAAGCAGCUAGUCUCGUAUUAUCCGAGCUUGUAGUGAGGCCACCGUUUGGCACAGAUAUGGUGGAGAGGGCGUGGGUGGCGGUGGACUUGCUCUUGGGUACCGAACCUUGGAGUCGGGAGAACCCCAUCAUGGCGGAGAGAGUGUGGAAGCCAUUGGGCAAACUCAGGGAUAAGGCGCUCGCUAGGAGAAGGAGAGCGCUACAGGAGACGGGAAUGGCGCAGAGGCAGAAGCCAAGCGCAUCGCUGUCGAUAGGAGAAAGUGAUAUUUGGGAAGGAAUAGUCGUUGAGGAUGUGCCCAUAGAUUGGGGAGAAUGGGACGAAAUGUUUCAAUACAUCGAUGAACAUUGAGUAGAAACGCUUCAUCAGGGAGACAGACUUUAAGCUUGGUGGUAGACGCAGGAUGGAUAAGGGUAAAUAACUUUUAACGAGCACCAGCAAUAGGUUAAUGAUGCAAUAAUAAAGCCACAAUAACAGAAUUAAUUACUUGUA